AUUCAACAACAUUGCCUUCAGUUCACAGUUUCACGGAAAAGUAUUUUUAAUGGGUUGGAUAAUUGUGACGCUUUUUUCCGGUGCACAUUGACUCUGUGGACAGGGAAUACUAAUAGUAUACUGGUCUCAGUUUCUUCCUCACCUGGACCCAUCUGUGACUUCUAACCAAUUAGCAGAGGGCCCCUAAAGCCCUGGCUCCUCCCGUUCUCCAUCCCAGUGCCAUGCCGAAGAGUGACACGUGGCCAGGCUGUGUUGCCAUGGAACCCUUGAUCAAUAACGACAAGGCUGGGAGCUGUGACAGUGUGGUCAGCAUGAACUCUAGCUAUAAUGAUGACAGUCUGGAGUACCUCUCCCCUGAAGAGCGGGCGUGCCUUAUGUUUCUGGAGUCAACCAUUGAGUCCCUGGAGAUGGAGGAGGACAGUGGUCUGUCCAGUGAUGGAUCAGACCCUAGCAACUUGGGAACCAAACAUGGCCACCAGUCAAUGGGACAGACUAGACUGGAGGAUGUAUCAAAUCUCCAGAAUCACAACUCUGGAAUAGACCAGAAGUCCUUUUUGAACGCUGGAGUGCCAUCACCCCAUCUGGCAAAUGGCCUUGCCAGUAUGCAGCUCAAAGCCCCAGGGGCCACCACCCCUCUCAAGGACCCAGGGGCCACCACCCAUCUCAAGGCCCCAGCGGCAGCGGCCGAAUUCAAAGCCUCAAGGGGAGCUGCUCGGCCCUGUGCCCUAGUCUCUGAACCAAAAGCCACAGCUCUCAAGCCCACUGCUCUAGCAGGAGCAGUGGAGCCCAAAGCCACUAUUGUAGCAGUCCAGGCCAGAACUCCAGGGGCAGUCACUUAUCCAAAACCCCAAGGGGCAGUCUCUGAGCCCACAUUGCCAGAGGUAGGAACUGUGCCCAAGCCCUUAGAGUUGGCUGCGGACCACAAGCCCUCUGAACCUGCCAUUCAUCUACAAGUGGCUGGGUUGGACACAGCCCGAUCCUCGGCCACCUCAUGUUUGCCUGUAGAUGAGUUUAUGGACAACAUGCCUAAAGGUGUCUCGGUAGACAGCAAGCAUUCAAAGCAACAUGCCGGUGUCCCUAUUGAGCAGGAUAUGAAACUGAUUCCCCCUCCCUCAGAUUUUAGGGAUGAUGAGCCAGAGAAGGAUCGUCCAUCGGCUACAGAACUCAGAGGUCCACUAACCUACAGUGAACUGGAGCAACUACGUAACAAGGUCUCCAUGAAGAGAACUUCGACUGUCUUCCCUGGAGCCCAAGAGGCAAUACAUUCUAAACUGCCUGUUGAUCUGCCUGUAAAAGUCAGUGCCGACUCAACACCCUCUCACUUGGCCUCAACCAUCUCCAGUCCCCAGGCCUUGGCUUCAACCAUCACAAGUCCUGCGGCCUUGGAACCAAAGAGCCCACCCGCUGUGGCCCCCAAGCCCAAGAGGAUUCCCCCCAACAUCGUCAUUAAGUCCCACAAGUCGGAUAGUCCCUCGGGAUCCCACCAGCACUCACCCAUUGACCGGUCAUCGACUGACCCCCAGAUUGUGCGCUUGGAGGCCCUGCGGAAGCUUGGCCUUCUGAAAUGUGAUGAAGAAGACUCAGGAACUGUAGUAUCAGUGAAACCCCGGAAGGCAUGGGUGCCACCCCCUCCUCACAGCCCAGCUGCCGACCGGACCCAAGCCCCAGCCCAUGUCCCUAAUUCGGCCACUACCGCACUCCCUCCUGCAGUCCCUGCUCCAGCAUCAACGCCGGCCCCACAUACUGCCCCAGGUCAAAUCACUACCCGAAACACACCCACUGUUCCAGCUCCACCCACUACCCCAGCCCCAACCCCACACACUACCCAAGCCCCAACCUCUGCACGAGCCCCACCCUUUACCUCAACUCCAGCCUCUACCCGAGUCUCACACACUACCCCUAUUCCAGUCCCAGCUCCGGCUGAAUUCAGCGACAAUGCCAAAACCCUUGCUGCUCCUCCUACGGCGCCCAAACAUAUUCCUCCUCUUGUGGGGUUCAAAUCAGCCAGUCUGGAGCGCUCUGGCAUGGGCCUGAGCAGCUACAUGGCCGGCAAUACCUUCCUCAAAACCAACCAAUGUCCCAGUAGCUCAGUGUCCCCCGGCGACCUACGGAGCUCCAGACGUCGCCCUGCCUCCCUGGGUGCUGGAAAAGACUUUGUGAAUGUUCUGGGUGAGGCCUCCCAACCCCAGCCAUGUCACAGGGAGGCCCAGAACAAGCUGCCCCGUUCCCAAGGCAUCAGUGUGCUUAUUAGCCCCAACAGUAAGAACGGGGAGGACCGGAGGGAGGCACUGAAGAAGCUAGGAUUGCUGAGGGACUGAUAGAAUUGCACCACUGCAGAACCCACAUGAGGUGUUUAAACUGUUGUUAAUACUGUGUGUAUUUCGUACUAAUCCCACCUCUGGUCUUAGGUCAAUGGGACAUUGAAAUUUAGGGGAAGGUUGCGCUUUCAAUGAUAAGGCCUGCUUUGGUGUAGCAGGGAGCACUCUGUGAUGUGCGAUUGCUUGGGCAUACAGGAAAUGUAAAUAUAGGAGUGUCUUUUAAAUGCUGUGUACCUCAAGGCUGCCUUUCAUGAAUAUUACAGUAUCAUACUAUUAUGAGAGAUUUCACUGACUACAUUUUGCAGUACAGGGUUUCCAUUCUUAGUAAAAUUGCAAACGAUUUAUAUAUAACAUUUGCAAGAUAAAAUGGAUAUAGGGAUGUUUGUGUGUAAUGAAAGUAUAGGCCAUGCUCUUAUCAAAAAUACUAGGCUUACACAAGCUGUGUUCAGAAUAAACCUGAUUGUAUUGUUAUGUUUAGCAAGGCCCUUUUUAACUUCUCUCAUGUAAACAUUUGACGAGAACAUUGAUACAAUUGUUUUAACUUGUCCUGAAGUUCCUCUAACUUCACCACAAAUCUAAAAAUGGGAACAAUAAUGACCUGUAAAAUAUGUAGCUGAUUUGCCACCUGACUGAUGAGUUCUAUCAAUUUAGAAGCAAGACUAGAUGGACAAUACAGCAUAUAAAUGGAAGCUUCAGUGGCCAGUCUGUGAUAUGAAUCUGAAACAUGUGGUUAGCGUGGUUGUACGUGUGACGUACAUUAAAACUCAUUCAAAGUGUUUACUGAGAAGCAACGGCAGUUUCCCAUUUAUCGUACUGUAUGUACUGUCUGUGAGUGGCAAGAAUGAGAUAAUGAAAGAAUCUUGUCUGGCUAAGAGACGGUUCCUCUUUUCUACUUCCUGAUGGUUACUAAGGUUGUAUAAUCUUCUAAAAUGACAUCAGGUUGGGUUGAUAACUCAUUAUUAUUAUUAUUUGUCAUAAUUUGACACAAUCAAAAAGAUGAAGUGUUGCACUGAAUUGGAGUGUUACCCAUUGAAGGACUUUAUAAACCAUGUCAGUGGUUAGUUUAGUUAAUAUUGAAUAGAAUUUGAUACCCUCUUUAUAUGAAUAUGAAGUAAUACUUUUAUUAUUAUGAAACAGUUGUAAUAGAUUUUGUCAUGUAAAGGAUUGAACAAUUCCAGGUUACAGGUAGAGUAAUCAGCGUUUACAGAAUGGGUACAAUUACAAGGCCAUUUUCCCAUGUUAGAUCACAGUCAUGGUAAACACAUUGACUCGUCUGAAAAAUUCUUUAAAUAUUUUGGUGAAGCAAUCUGUAAGGGUUUAGAGAUACAGGCUGAACAGAUGUCUCACACACUGGUGAUAUGUGCCCUUCAAAGCAGAACGACGUCUUGUUCCUUUAUCUGUCUGCUGCAUGGUGUCAAAAUGAAGUCCCAUAUGCAAGCUCCGGUUUGUCUUGUCAACAUGUACACUGUCAACACACUGAUGUCUCAGCUGCAGUGUCUGCAUUGUUUUAUGCGACAAAAAAAAAACUUGAGGAACCUAUUCAAUAGCUUAUAUUAACCCUUGUGUGCUGCAGCAGCCUAUAGAUAUUAAUGAUCAAGAUCAGUCUAGCUAAUUUAAUAGUUCAUGAUUUAUAAAAUGUUGUGACUUAAAGUUUCAUAACCUUGCUUUAAAGGGCUAGAUAACAUAUCUGCCCAUCUAAAUGUUUCGAUGUGUCCAGUGCUGUAGAAUACAUUUUUCAGUCUCAAUAUAAUGUGGGAUAACACUGACAGUUUCUAAGACAAGGACAUGAAGUACUACCUGAAACGCCACUUAUUUUGUCUUUUUAGGAGUAUGUUGUUGUCUUGGAUGUUCUCAACAGUCUAAUGAAAACAAUUACAGAAGAUGGCUGUUGACAUCAAAUAAUAAUUCAUUUGAAUUAGAGUAUUAUUAUUUUUUGUACAGUAUUGUUGUCUUUUACAGAAACAAACUCAUGCUCUUGUUUCAUUUUGCCUCUGUACAUAUGCACUGUGUGUGUGUGUGUGUGUGUCUCUGUCAGUUGGUGAGCAAUUGUAAAAGAAACGAGAGCUACAAGAAAUGUAAGAACACCAAUUCCAUUCAUUUAAAAAGACAAUACAAAAUCCAGACAUUUUUACAUGAGCAAUAACAAUUUUCAAGUGCAAAUACCAUUAUCAACUCUAUGAUACAUCAUAGCAAACUCAUGUUUAAAAAAAAAGCUACAAAUACCAACAUCUGAUGUGUUCAGACUGCAGGGAGAGAGGGAGGAAUAUGGGGGGAGGGAAUGUUGAUCUGGGAUGUGUUCAGACUGCAGGGAGAGAGGGAGGAAUAUGGAGAGAGGGAAUGUUGAUCUGGGAUGUUUUCAGACUGCAGGGAGAGAGGGAGGAAUAUGGGGGGAGGGAAUGUUGAUCUGGGAUGUGUUCAGACAAUAGGGAGAGAGGGAGGAAUAUGGAGUGAGGGAAUGUUGAUCUGGGAUGUGUUCAGACUGCAGGGAGAGAGGGAGGAAUAUGGAGGGAGGGAAUGUUGAUCUGAGAUGUUUUCAGACUGCAGGGAGAGAGGGAGGAAUAUGGAGAGAGGGAAUGUUGAUCUGGGAUGUUUUCAGACUGCAGGGAGAGAGGGAGGAAUAUGGAGUGAGGGAAUAUUGAGCCAAGAUGGGUGGAACACUAAAAAGAACAAGUUCCUGGAGAAUCCCCUUUUAAUGUUUCCUCAAAUAACCUUUUAUAAUAUAUUUAGUUGUAUUUCACCCUGACAGCUCUGAGAUUUGUUCGAUCAUGCCUUUGGGUUACUGGCCCAACACUCCUAACUGCUAGGUUAGGCCAUCUGCUGCCCUCUGAAUAACCUUUAGGGGUUCCAUUGGUUAUUCAAAAAAGUAAUAUGCUGAACCAUUAGAAGGGUUUUUUGAGGACUAAUUAGAGGUUCUCACAAAUGUUUUGUUUUAAGAAACUACAAAUGAUCCUCCAGGAACCUUUGCUUUUAUGGAGUGUCAACAGCUCAAUAGAUGUCUCUGGGUGGAAGCAGUGUGUGCUAUGAAGUGUUGCUAUGGACAUUCAAAUGUUGGGAUCAAAAAGAGGGCAAUAUGAAAAUGAAUGGUACAUUAAGACAACCAUACAUGUAGCUACACCUUUUUUUUUUUUACAUUUAAAUUAAUACAGAUUUGGCAGAUA